GCAAACACAUUUGUCCUGAACUUUGGAGCAGAUCAAGAAGGUAUUUUAGACUGUUGGGAAAGAUUCACAUUUGAAGGAUAAUCAGCUCAGAGAAAAUGGAGAAAAUAUCUCUUAUUGUUUUAAUAUUUGUUUUGCUGUGUGAAAGCUGGUUUGCUUCUGCAGCUUCUGUGUUUCUACCGAGAGAGCAAGCGGGCUCUCUACUGAAGAGACAGAAACGCUAUAACACGGGUGUAUUUGAAGAAGCGAUGAAAGAUAACCUGGAGAGGGAAUGUAUUGAAGAACGCUGUACUUUUGAGGAGGCAAGAGAAGUCUUUGAGGACAAUGAAAAAACUAUGAAAUUUUGGAUCGGUUAUAUAGAUGAAGACCAGUGCCAGUCAUCACCCUGUCUGAAUGGUGGGAAAUGUGAUGAUGGUAUGAAUAGUUACACCUGCUGGUGUCCACCUCGCUUUACUGGGAAGAACUGUGAGAUAGAAAUAGCAAAGCAGUGUAAUGUAAAUAACGGAGGCUGCAUGCAUUUAUGCUUUGUGGAUAAAAUCUAUGGAGCGUUGUGUGACUGUGCUGAUGGUUACAAACUGGCCUUGGACGGCAGGACCUGUGAACCUACAGGGCCGUACCCAUGUGGACUCCUUGGAAAGGAUAUCGCUGAAUCUCUCAACACAAGGGCCCUUAUCAGUGCUGAGGAUAGAAAUCAGAUUCACUCAGUCGAUCAUAUCAAUACAACAGAGCUCAACACAACAGAGAGCAGUCCCGCAGAUACCGUUCAUAAUGCUACACUGCAAAAUAUUUAUCCCACUUUACCUACUGCCACAAAUAAAACGAAUAAUGACCAGCGCAUUGUUGGAGGCCAUGAAGUGAUUCCAGGAGAGAUUCCAUGGCAGGUGAUUUUUAUAAACAAGUUGACUAAAGUUGCUUUCUGCGGUGGAUCUCUCCUGAAUAAAGAGUGGAUCAUUACAGCUGCCCACUGUGUUGAGGGAAAGAUCGGAACUUUCAUCGUUAGAGCAGGGGAACAUGACAUCACGAAGAACGAAGGAAAAGAGAGUGAUCAUAACAUAGCUGAGUACCACAUUCACCCACGUUACAACUCUCAACGGAGUCUCUACAAUCACGACAUCGCCCUAUUGAAGCUCAAGACGCCUGUCACAUUCUCAGAUUACGCCCUGCCCAUCUGCCUGGGCUCCAAAGAUUUCACAGAGAGCCUACUUAAGAGCGCACAAAACUCUUUGGUGAGCGGCUGGGGAAGGGUGACAUCUGGAGGGAUCGAAUCCAACACCCUCCAAAAGGUGGAGGUUCCCUAUGUGGACAGGACAGAGUGCAAAGGUAGCAGCACUGACACCAUUUCCAAAUUCAUGUUCUGUGCUGGAUACAAAACUGUACGUAAGGAUUCCUGCCAAGGCGACAGCGGUGGACCCCAUGCUACCCGUUAUCAAAACACAUGGUUUCUCACAGGCAUCAUUAGCUGGGGGGAGGGAUGUGCCCAAGAAGGAAAGUACGGCGUCUAUACCCGUAUCGGUAGAUAUAUGUUCUGGAUAAGCAACACUACCAGGAUCAGAACAGGAGACCAAUAAUGAUAACCAGAGCUUCUCCCAUAUGUGAAAUUUAAUUAAGCUAACUAAAUUAACAACAAUAUAGAGUGGAAAUAGAUAUGGCCAUGAUUUGCAAUGAGUAUUAGGCAACAGCAGCAAACACAUCUGUGUACAUAUAGUACGUAAAUACAGUUGUUGCAAUGAAUUAGACGUCACAGGCUGUUCUGUACAGAUAUUUACUAGGUUUCAUUCAUUUAAUAACAGCAUUGUCACAACCAAGAAAAAUAUAAUUUUCCAUCUUCAACGUUGUGCUUUUACAUCUAAUGAAAUUAUUUUCGUACAUCAUAUGCCACAAAUCAAAAUGAGAUCACUUUUGUCUUAUUAAUUCAUUCUGUACAUAUUAUACAUCAGAUGCAAAUGGCUUUAAGAAAUACACAAAUGUUCAAUCAAACCACAUUUUUUCUUCUAUUGUGUCACAUCCCCUUCUAAUGAAAUGAGAAGACACAUGCAAAUGUGUUUAAAUUUCUUAGUGAUGCUUAACAGUAAAAACAUUUUUUGACAUCAUACUCUUUGGGAAAGGGAAGGGAAACGAGUCCUGAAAGAAAAUUAAUGGAAUGGACAAGCUUACACAGUGGGCCUUACAUCAUCAUACUCAAAUGUACGAUGGAUAUCAUUGAGAAGAACUGACCUAAAUUUGGUGGAUGUGAUGAAUUGCAAAUAAAAUAUUAACCAAAUAUGCACCUUAGUAAAUUUUAGUUUGGCCUUUCUCAGAGAAAUAUUUUGAUGCUUAGAUGGAUGGCCUUUCAUCGCCUGGUUAUGUAAUCUUGUUUAUGUUUCAUUUAUGUAUCUUUUCAAGUAUGUACUUUGUCCCAGAUGUAACUCUCAAAUUUCUUUAGAA